AGUCGCCUUAAGGUCGUGGUAAUGACCGACCCAGCAAGUGCUCUAAAAUUAGACCUGAGAUUCUUUGGCAUGUCUGGAUUUAUUUCCACUUAUUUUUUCUAAUUUAAUACAAAUUAGUUUCCUUUAAAACCUCACCAACACAGUUUUUUAGAAUCUCGACUACAGUUUGUGAUAAUUUAAAAAGAAAAAAGGUUUUGUUACUCUGAAGAACAUAGAUCCAUAUUGAUGAAGUAAAGUCAUCAAGAUGUCAUGUUGCUAUUAAAGUAUUCAACUGUAACUGUAUCUAGUUAGGAUUUAAGGCAUUAAGAAUCUAGAAGAUAAUCCUAUUUACUGUUAGUAUCUAUCCACCUUUAGAGAUGUCAGUUUAAUAUGACGAAUAUUCCUUCAAAUGUAUCAGUUCAACUGUAAUCAUACAUGUUUUUUACAUAUGAACUCAUUGGAUAAUGGAUUUGGAGUCUGAAGUAGUGAGGCUGGUUGUCCUGGCUUGAGGAAACGGACCAGUACGUUUCACUGAACAUGAAUCACAUACAAAGUCUAGGUUUGCUCCAUUUGGCUGAAGAGGCUGAAGAGGCUCUGGCCUCAGGCCUGGAAAUAAAAAGACUGAAAGUGCUGCGGAUGAAACGCAGCUGUCCGUGGCACCAAAUGUAGACUAGCAACAGUUAAUAAAUCAAAUUAACUGCUGAGAAUUAAAUUUGGCCCCGGCAGCUAAUUUUAAGAAUGUAGGGGAAUAAAGGCGAGCCAAAGAAGGAGGGCUACACGUGACACUGGUGUCGGACUGUUGUUGAGAGAAUGGGGCCAGUUCCAGUUCCAGCAGCAGCAGCAGCCUGUGUCAUGUCUCCACUGUCAGUCUGUGUAGGGGAGGGGGAGGGGCUUUAGAGGGUAAGGGGGCAGCGGGGUUGUAUUUUUAUAAAACAUUUGCUCUCCCGCACGCCUGACAGUGAUAAAGUAGAACGGCCCCAGAGAGGCACUGGUGUGCCCUUCACUCAAAAGGCAGUGAGGCAGUGAGGCAGACAGUCUAGAGCUGUGAUUUGGAUACAGAGAGAAAAAAGAAAGAGGGACAAAACUGUCAAAAUUACCAAAGGUGUCUGUUCAGAGAAGAAAAGAAGAACAUGGAUCCAAAGACUGAAAACUCCUCGAAAGGCCUCACGCCGGGCGUCAGCUUGGAGAAGUUACACAAGAUGGCUGAGGAGCUGACCCUGCCGGGGAGGUUCCUCCUCAGGGUCCUGGACGCCGCUCUGGAGUCCGUGACAAACCUUCUGGCUGUGGUUUUAGGAAGCCACCUGGCCAGGCGACACUUCCACCUGAUGCUGUCCGCCCUGGUUCUCUUUGGGCCUGUGCUGAGUUCCUGGGCGUCAAAGUACAGCAUCUUUGCCAACAGCCACAACUACCUGUACAGGAAGUUUCUGAGAUCCACUUGGGGCUGGACCUGGAUCUUCACCGGUUCCUUCAUCCUCCUCCUGUCCCUGUCAGCUCGUCGCACCCUGUCUCUGUCCCUCCGCCACCUCUCUCGGAUCGGGCUGGUGGGUUUGCUCUGGUGGGGGUGUCGCCGCCUGUUGACCCUGCUGGAGGAUGCGACGGGGACGUGUUAUGAACCGUUGGCCGUUGCAGAGGACGUCCAGAGCUCUGCCUCCCCGGGCCUGCCGCUGCUGCUCCUGCAUGAAGACCAGACCAAGGCCUCUUGCCUUAGAGCCAACAUGGUGUGGAGGGGUUACGAAGUAUCCCAGGACGUCCUCAUCCUCUGCUUGUGUUGCCUGCUGCUAGUGGAGGAAUUGUCCGUCUUUGGCCCUCACAUAGUCCAAGCGCGGCCCCUGCAGGGAUCCCCAGGAGCCCCUUUAAGACUUGUCUUCCUCCUGUGUGUUGCUCUACUGUCCGUGUGGAUGCUGCUGCUACUGUGUUUGCUUGCACACUUCCCCAAGUUCCCCUCCCAGCAGCUGGGGGGAGCUCUGGGCUACCUGGGGUGGAAAGGACUUUAUCAGGGAUGGUACAGACUCACACCGAGCUGGUGCUCUCCUGGUUUGCCAGGAGACGGACUUUAAAAGUCUGCGGACACCGAGAAACGGCAUAAGUAUUCAACUCUGAACAGAUGAUAUUUUGGGGAUGAGAGUGUGACCUUGAAAGCUCAAGAUAGCUUC